AUGACCCUGGCUGAGAUCACGAAACGCAGAGUAAAGAACAUGCCAGAGAAAGAGGGAGAGAAAGAGAGAAAGAGAGAGAGAGAGCGAGCCGUGUGCGUCCAAGGUGCGUUGGCACGAACGGAGCAUGCAGGCGGCAGCAGAAGAUAUGUGUGGAACUACCACGUCCAGUCCGCACACGGCCGAGUGAAGCGCGUUGAUCAAGGGCAGAUUUCAGAAGCCUGCGAGUCUCCUGGCACGGCUGCGUCAGAGGCUGAGGGCGAGAGAGAGAGAGAGAGUCGCGAGAAUGGGGACAGCUCGAACUGCGUGAGCAGGGCUCGAAGCCACGGCGGAUGGCUCUUGGCGCGUCGCACGCGCUCUCUGGCUGGCCUGGAUCGCCUUUGGUGA